UAUAAAUACCUGGAUUCUUACUGCAGGACCUUUUUGCACUUCCUUGGUUUUGGUUUUCAUUUUUGGUUCCUUCCUAAUCGUGAGUAUGCCUCUGAAAAUUAUUGGUGCAGGUUACGGACGUACAGCAACUUGCAGUUUGCGCACUGCCCUGGAGAAAUUAGGGUAUCGCACACAUCAUGGACGUUAUCUUGUUCUUGGACCGACGGAGCAUAUUGACAUAUGGACAAGAGCGUAUCAAGAUCCUAACCAUGAGGAUGAGUGGGAAGAGAUAUACAAGGAUUGGGAUGCGGCCAUUGACUGGCCUUCAAUGACGUUCUACAAGGAGCUCAUCCAAAAGUACCCCGAUGCCAAAGUCAUUCUCACGGUUCGAUCCGCUGAGAGCUGGUACAACUCGAUGUGCAAGACAAUUUUCAAGGACAUUUUCCAUGUGAAGAAGGAUGAGGUACCGCAUCACAUCUGGCGUGUGUCGGAGCUAUGCCGAAUGAUCAUGUUUGAUGGGGACGAGGCGGACCUGGAGAAUCCUGAACGGACCAAAGCCAAGUUUAUGAAGAUUUUUGAUGAUCACGUAGCCGAAGUCAAGCGCAUAGUUCCACCUGAACGUCUCCUGAUUAUGCAGCUCGGUGAAGGGUGGGAGAAAUUGUGCCCUUUCCUCCGCGUCGACAUCCCCAAUGAACCUUAUCCCAACAGCAAUUCCGCCAAAGAAUUCGGGUUUGACGAACUCGUCGAAAUCGUCCGCAAUAGAGAAUUACAGAAAUCAGAAACCUCCGGUAUCACCGAGAUUAAGGAACCAUCCAAGGUGGAGGCCGUCCAGGCAUAGACAAAAAGAAUGCACUUUGUAACUGGUUUAUCUCUCUUUUCUUUUUUUCCAAUAGAGUUUUUGCCUCAAACAAAAAUAGUACAUACUAAAACCAAACCUCAAGGGUAUUUUACUAGUACUUAAUGACAAAGCUGGUGCCAAUAAAAUAGCAGGCUGUAGUGUGCGUCGAAUAACAGUAAUUCAGGAAAUAACCAUGUCACUGUCCAUUUUCAAAGUAGCCGUCAUGAUGCCAGCAACAGAGCGUCAUACAUCACCACUGUAUUACGGGCGGAUUUCCCGGUGAUACAUGGGCUGAUACAAUCACCGCUCGAUUUAGGAAGUAUCCCGGCAAGCACAAAAAAUCGAGAACCGAGCAUUCAAUG